CCAUUUCUCUUCCAUUUUCAUAUUAUAUAUUUACUUUUUUCUGUAAAUUCUGUCACAGUUUUUUGAAAAUGGCGCCGCACACCAGAGGUAGCAGGUCCUUCCCGAAAGUGUUGAUUGAGAGGGAUUCCGACACGGAGGAGAGUUCUUCCGAAGACGACGGCGACGAAGUCCAAAACGCCGCCGUAGAAGAGUCUGAAGAAGAAGAAGAAGAUGUAGUAGAGGAGGAGGAGGAGGAGGAGAAAGACGAGCCCUCUACAUCGACUAAAAUUAGAAGAAAACCCAUCACUAUUAGCCUCAAAAAAGUCUGCAAAGUGUGCAAGAAACCGGGUCAUGAAGCCGGGUUCAGGGGGGCAACCUACAUUGACUGCCCAAUGAAGCCAUGUUUCCUCUGCAAAAUGCCUGUUUAUUUUAAUUUUUAGAGUUUUUAUUAUGUGCUGUGUGGAUUUUGAAACCCUUUUGAAAUGGGAAUUGAAGGGCACACAACGGUGAAUUGUCCGCACCGAGUGGCUACGGAAUACGGAGUCUCCCCGGCGCCUUUGAAGAGUGCUCAUAGUUCGGUGGACUAUGUUUUCGAACGUCAAGUUCGGCCUCGUGUUUCUGCGAUCAAGCCGGCAUUUGUGAUUCCAAAUGAAGUGAACUGUGCGGUAAUUAGAUAUCAUAGCAGACGUGUUACGUGUUUGGAGUUCCACCCGACAAGUAACAAUAUUCUUAUAUCCGGUGACAAGAAAGGACAACUUGGAGUUUGGGAUUUCGUGAAAGUGCACGAGAGGACAGUGUACAGUAACAUCCAUGGAUGCAUACUUAACAACAUGAAGUUUAAUCCGAUGAACGACGGGACAGUGUAUGGUGCUUCUUCUGACGGUACAGUCAGCACCACUGACUUAGAGACUGGAAUUUCGUCGACUUUGUUGAACCUUAAUCCCGAUGGCUGGCAGGGGCCGAGCACAUGGAGGAUGCUGUACGGGUUGGAAAUGAAUUCUGAAAAACGAACUUUGAUCGCUGCCGAUAAUUUUGGACUUCUCUACACGUUAGAUAUGCGCUCGAACAAUGUCACGGGAAAACCGAUAUUGGUUCACAAGAGAGGAAGCAAAGUUACUGGUUUACACUGUCAUCCUCUUCAACCAGAUCUUCUUCUAAGUUGCGGAAACGAUCACUUUGCUCGAAUAUGGGACAUGCGCAUGCUAGAAGCUGGAUCUUCGAUUUAUAAUCUUGCACACAAGCGCGUCGUUAACUCAGCCUAUUUUUCUCCGCACAGCGGCAGCAAAAUACUCACAACAUCGCAGGACAAUAGAAUUCGUAUAUGGGAUUCCAUUUUCGGGAAUAUGGAUUCUCCGAGCCGAGAAAUUGUGCACAGUCACGAUUUUAAUCGUCAUUUAACACCUUUUAAAGCAGAAUGGGACCCGAAGGAUAUAUCGGAAUCCCUUGUUGUUGUUGGGCGUUACAUAAGCGAAAAUUACAACGGGGUAGCAUUGCAUCCGAUUGAUUUUAUAGACAUAAAUACAGGUCAGUUAGUUGCUGAGGUCAUGGAUCCGAAUAUUACGACAAUCAGUCCCGUAAAUAAGCUACAUCCGCGUGAUGAUGUCUUGGCCUCCGGUAGUUCUAGGUCAAUCUUCAUUUGGAGGCCCGAAGAGAAGCUUGAGUUAAAGCGGGAGAGGGACGAAAGUAGGCUAAUUUUGUGUGGGAAGGCUGAAAAGGAGCGAAAAGGCAAAAAGUCCGAAUACGACAGCGGUGAUGAUUUUGAUGAUGGUGCCUCAAAGAAGAAACCCUUUUCAAAGUCAAAGUCGAAGUCAAACGGUGGUUCUAAGCGCAAAUGCUGAUGAUAUUCGGCAACUAAUCUAAAAGCCCUUUUUUGAAUUUGCUGAGAGAGGUUUUGUACUGUAAAUAGUAGUAGCGCUCGGGAAAUCCAGCAAAAUGUAAACCUUUUAGGAUUAUAUUACAACCUCAGUACUUAGCACUUACCUUCAUAAUUAUUACUAGUAAUGAAGUUUUUGUUGGGUGAUUUUAAAACAUGUUACGAAACGAAUCUCGAAAAUUUCGAAAUAUAUAAGUUGUAGAUCUUUAUUUCAACCGAUAAUUAAGAUUUUGAGCCUC